CACGUGGGGGCUCGUACAUCGAUCAAGUCAGAAUUGUUUAGAAAACAGUGGAAAACAGAGUUGUCGGAGUGUCCAGUUACGCGCGUAGCUUGCAUUCAAUUUUAGGUCAUCUUUUGUAUGCUGGCGUUAGAGCAGCGGUCGCGGCGUAAAAUGCAUCGCGCCGAGGCCGUGCGGCUCGCUCGAUCACGCCGCGUUGCACUACAUCCAUUUAAAAGCCGUUUGAAAUGUAGUUUUCUUUGGCCUACGCGUGUGUAUGGUUAUUUUUUGACAGUUGAUAUUGCUUUAAAGACGCCAAGGAGAUGUGAUUCUUAAGAUGAUGUCGUUAGGGAUGAUAUUGGUGUGUGUUAGGGUGUUAUUUUUUUGCGCGGGACGAUUGGCGCGAUUCGUCGGAAGGCGCUCACUCGCCCCGACGCCGACUGUAUUUCAAGGAAAACUCGAUGAUGCGAGGAGGUGUUCCUGACGUCACGCGUGACGCACGUGGUGGGCGGCGCGGCGCCGGCGAGAGUCGCGCGAUGUGCGCGGCGUGACGGCCGCGCGCGCGCCGAUGCCAUGCUGCAGCGGCUCCGGCAGCCGCCACCCACACCGCAGCCGCAGCCCGCGCACAGGCAGAGCUACGUGCACCUUACCGUGCAGAAGGCUAUAACUCUAUUGGAUAAACUGUAUGACACCUUCUUCACGGCUCCGCGUAAAGCGCAUGUGAACCUCUUCAGUAAACAUUUUCUCAAGAUUGAAUUUUUGGACAAAUUAUGCAGACCAGUGUACAAAGAGUUUGAUGAAUGGCCACAAAUAUCACUAGAGCCUGAUCUUCCGAAAGAUAAGAAAGAGUCACCGGAAGACCUAGUUAACGCCAUUCCUUCUAAUAACAACAUUUCGCAGAAAAUGACAAGAAAGAGUCGUCCACGAAUAAAAGAGAAAGAGGACAAGGAACCUAAAGGGGGCUACUGUGAGAUGUGCAAUGCUGACUAUGUGGACGCGGCCUUACAUAGACGAUCGCCCCAUCACUUGGCCUUUGUCAGAGACCAUACCAACUUCCUGGCAUUAGAUUCCCUCAUAACCUCUGGCGCUGAUGUGUCCACAUUCCUGGACAAAUCCACCCCUGUGAACGGUGAACGCAGGUCUUUGAGGAAACUUUGUAAUGGGGAUGUUGAACCCAAGAGUAAAAGGUCAAAGCACUCUCAAUCACCAGACGUGAACGGCACAAGUCCAAGACGUAAUGGUUUGGACGAAGAGAGAAAACACAAUACCAGAUGUAGCAAACGUACAAGCGAGUCAAACCCACAACCGUCCGACUAUUACAAAGUUGUCGGAGUCAGUACUAAAUUACGUUCAAGUGGUGGCUUUGCUCCAAAAAAGAAAGACUCCCCACCACGGAAUGGGACUAAGCCUUUAGUGGUGAAGUUCAGAAAGGUUCGACGGUCUGAGUUGUCAGUGUUAAGUGACGAAGCCGAACAGUUCAUGUUUCCUAAACGCGCCAGUUCCACCAGUUCCACAUCUGAUGAUGAUGAUGAAGAGGAGAGAGUCCUGAGGAAUACGAGAAGGAAACCCACUCCUCAACCACCAGCAUCUGAAAGGCAGAGAUCAGCCAGACCUUUGGCGCUAAAGGAGGAAUCCUCCGAAGAAGACAGUUGGCACGAGGACAAGAGGAGACGGAAGAGACGAGGCCCAGUCGUGGCCAAGCGUGGGAAGAAACCAGCCACCAAAGCUCCCGUAGUGGAGACCCCGGCUAUACCGCCUGAUCCUGUCCCGCCUGAGGAAACUGAGACGGAGCCACCACCUGAAAUCAAAGUCAGCCCUCUGAGAGAGGAGCCAGCAGAAAAAUGUAUGAAGUGGGAGGAUGGUAAACUGAAAUACACACCGGCCGUGGAGCAGUUGGAGUUUGCGUUCGAGUGUGUCCCUCACAGCGAGCCUUGGUUUGAGACCUUCAAACGACAGGACCAAGACAAACUGGUCACCAAGAAUGUGCCACAGUACUUUGAAUUAUAUUCCAAGUCCGCAAAGUUACCCUAUGAAAUUGGUCAGUUACCACCACUAAAGCCUAACUGUUGUCCCCUGAGUGACCUGGUGAAAAGAGAGGAGAAACCGGGUCCCUCCCGGUCCUAUGGCACGAGGGGCAUGAAGAAACAAAAGAUUAAGAAACGGACGGCGGCUUUGAUAGCUUUGGAGAGUCACCCGAGGAAGUCCCCUAGAGAACAUGCAUCUACAUUGGCUAUACUUGGCUCUGCUGGGCUGCUGCACAAAAGGAAAAAUGCUGAUGAUGCGAAGUCAACUGCCUCGGAAGACACAAUGAGUGACAUCCCUCUGAGCAUGAAGGUUGAGCCGGUGUUGUCUGAAAACCAAGAAGCCUCGGAGAGACUCCAGCAGUUCCUGUCUGAAGUAUUUGAAGAACCCACAGACUACGAUGUCUCAGAAAGUUUUCAAGGUGAUGAAACUACUGUCAUAGCAUCAAAGAACCUCCCCGACAUGUCAAGCCUAGUGUCGGAGUGUGAAGACUGUGACAUAAUCCGCAACGAGCUGCAGCAGUCCGCAGUCCGCGGCCGAGGCCGGCGCGGCAAGUUCAAGAAGAAGAACAAGACCGGCUGGCCCAACAAGAAGCGGCAGAACAAGAAGGAUUCUAGAACAAACAGUAUGGAGUUAGAACACACCAGUUUGGGCAGGUCGUCGGCUGAACCGCCCCAGGAUGAAACUACGCAAGACACCAUGAGUGAGGAAACUAUGUCCGAGACUGAAAAGGAUGACGACACUUUGACAGAGGAUAACUCACAGACUGAUGAUGAGGUGCAGAAAUCACCAAAUGAACUCACGGAUAAACCAAUUUCAACCCAAGCUGAGCAAGAUACAACGUUAACCCCAACAGAUGAUUCCUCGGUAAAAUUAAACUUAAAAGUUGUUGUUCAUGACAACAAGUCCCCAUCAAAAGUUGAGAGUGAGAAAGAGGAGAAUACAUCUUCUACCUCGGAAGGAGAAGAUAGAGAGGAGAAAGCAAGGAGAAAGAAGAGGGUUUUACAAGGGUUAUUACUACAGCCCAUAGUGAGGGUAGCCCGUGUUGACCCCAAUGCGGGACGAAGAUUACGUUCUGCAGGACGAACCAGAACGCGGCCUAGCUAGCGGAUCAUACGUACUCAAAUUAGUGUAUAACGCGUACUAACUGAGAAUAGGCCGGACUUUCCGCCAUAUUGUGAUGUCUUAGCUGGAAAUAUAUUUUAAUUAUAUAUAUAUCUUCAAUGAAGUCUUGUUACUACUACAAAAUCUAUCAGAAAUAUAAUUGCAGCCCUACAUCAAAACUGUUUCAACUAAAAAAAAAACACUUUUUUCAAAUGGAUUUUGUAUAAUUUCGUAAAGAUAUUAAUUAUUAUUAUUAUUAGUAUUGGAAAAGUGUACUAACUAUGCAGGAAUUAGACAGGCAAGUCAAAAGGCAAGUUUUUUGGGUUGAAACAGUUUUGAUCUAGAGGUAAACCAUUAUAGUUAUGAUGAAUCAAAAUAUAUUUCCAGCUAAGGCACAAUAUGGCGAAAAUUCUAUCCUAUUCUUAGCUUGGAUGCAUUAUAAAGUGAUAUAAAGUGCAGUGAUAAGUUAUUAAACUAGUGAAUGGUAUGAAAUUGAUAACUGAACAAAACUGUCUCAUUUCCAAUAUACCUGUGCUACUGAAAAAGGCAUAAUUUUGAACUUUUCUCUAUUUAUUUAUUUAAUUUUAGUACUGGUUAUAUGUAGAAGAAUAACUAAAUUUUUUAUAGUUAAUUUGACCAAUUAAAAUAUUUAGGUCAGAACAUGUUUGUGUUGAAAUACCAUAAUAUUCCAUUGUACUGUGUGUUUCAAAUAAGAAUAUCAACAAGGUACCUUGUAACCUUCGAAUAACAAUAUCUAAAGAAAUUAAAUCAAUCUCUCAAAAAUGGCACCAUACAACCUACUCUGGAGGUGGAACUAAUCAAAAUUCACACAAAAAUAUACCACCGAUGCCAAUAUGACCUUGAAGUGACGAUAAUUCUCAGUGUAAUUGACGUUUAAUUGAGUGUGUGAGUGUUUAAUUGUUGGUAUGCGUUAUGGUUCCAAAUUUUUGUAUGAGAGUUACAUUUCUUUACAUAUUGUUAUUCAUAGGAUGUAACAAUUUUUUUUUUUUGAAAAAAAACCAUCAAAAAUAUAACAUUUUACAAAAGGAAAUGUAUAGCGGUACUCUUCUUAGUUGAAAUGCAUAGUUCUGCAGAAGUUAGGAAAUCGUAAAGAAAGGCUCCUUUACAUUUUAGUGGUUGUUGGCUGCUGUACAUAUUUUUAUGAUGAUGCAUUUUUAUAAAAUGCUCGUUUGUAUUAUUUUCUGUAGUAUAUUUUCACAGUAUAGCAAUUUUACAGUUGGCAGAAAUGUCAUAGAAAAGUCACUUCCCAUGUGUCGCCGAUAAACUUACAACUUAGGUGUUCAUUACAUUAAAUGUUGUGCAUCAGUCAAUUCCAUCAAUCCAUGAAGUUUGAGUUAAUUUGACUGAUGAAUGGAGCAGAAAAUUAUCCAUUAUAUUUGUCAUGAAAACAUAAGUUUUUGCAUAAGACACAGCAAGGACUGAAAAAACUAAAAGUAAAACCUAUUGUCUAAUAGAUGUCUUAGGAACUUAGUUUGUCAGCAUAGACAGCCUAGAAUUUCGCGUAAGUCUAGCUGCUUUUGUAAUCGUAUUAAUAUGUCUAACUAAGUUGAUGCAGUUGUGAUGUCGCAUCAACUUAGUUUGUGGGACACAAGCAAUAUGUAACAAUAUUGCACACUGUAAGAUUGCUAAACUGUGGUAUUAUGUUGGUUUAGUACAUAGCACAAGGUGUAUGUUGUCAUUAAACCAAAUUAGAAAAACGUAGCAUUUUUGGUUUUAUAUAGUGCAAAUAAAUUGGUGAUUUCCUUCAAACUUUGCAACAAAAUCUGAAGAAGAAACUUAUAAUAGUUGAAGCUUGGACAUCAUCGUAAACUGAUAAUAUGUCCACCCCUGGACAUAGGUCUCUUGUGUGACUCAAUUGAUAUCUGUAUCCGUAGUAAGAAGUAGUAGAGCGCUCUCUCGUUAUAUAAUCCCAUACAAAUGUCAAUUUUAAGUCACCAACCAAUCACAAACGAAACUAUGUUUUCUAAUUUAAUUUCGAAUGUUUUUUGAAAAUAUGUUUGUGAUUGGUUGGUGACUCAUUAUGGUUGACGCCCACUGGAUUUUUGCUUCUAUCAAUAGGGAUGAUGACUACUAGUCAAAUCAGUGAUGUUUUAUCAAACGUCAAAGCGCUCGCUUAGUAAAGGAGCUUGUAUGAAAUUCACGGAUGUGACGUCAUAGACAUUUGACAUAAUUGGACGUACUUUUUUAGUUAAAUCGAUAAUUUAAAAUAGUUAGCAAACUAAAAACUAACAUCAAACGUGGGUUUUAAGAAUUUUCGAACUAUUUAAACUAUUUAAUGACUCAUAAUAAAAUUAAUAAUAAUUUAUUUUAGACAUAGGCAUGUAUGGGAUUAUGUAACAGAGAGAGCGCUAUACUAACUUUUUUCCACAGAUAGAGUUCCUAUAGUUGGGGGAGGGGAUCUCUGCCAACAUUUCCUGUGCAAAGUCGCCAUUCCAGCAUCUUCGUCUAUCGCUUCCUCGAAGUAUGUGCCCUGGUUAGCGGAAUUUCCGAUUUGUAACAAAAUGUAUAAAAACCUUACUCAAGAGAUGAUGUAUAAACUAGUAAUUUAUUUACUGUAAAAUAACUUUUCGAAUUUUAGCUAUUAAUUUGACUUUUCUUUUUUUAUGUUUACGUUCUAGAAGUUUUGAACAAGUUAUUUUUUAAAGGAAAUGUAUUUUGAGUUAUGCAGUUUCUUGGAAGCUCAGUUGCAUGAGCCAUCUGAGAUUACUUCUGUUUUGAUUUUUUCGUUUGAUUACUUAUUCUUUUUAUUGUUAACUACAACUAAUGUGCCAAUUCGAUUGUUUAGCUAAAAUAAAUGAAAGUUUAGUUUAAUACUUUAUUCAACUUCCAAACACAUUAUUGUAGAGUUCACCCAAAAGUGAAGUAAGUAUUUUAAUUACAAAUAAAUCUUUAUUUGGUAUUAAAGGAACAAGGUAAGAAAAUUUUAAGCAACAAAAAGAUAAGCUAAUAUUUUAUUUUAGUUAUAUUUUUCUAUUUGAAAGAAAAAUUAACACCAUUUACAGGGCCGAAAUAUUAUUAAUAUUUUAAAAUUGUAUCCUUUCCUUUGGAAAAACAACAACAUUGCUGUGUAACUUUCGAAAAUUUCCAAGCUACAAUAUGGCUACAUGAUGAUGAUGAUGAUGAUGAAUAUGGCUACAAUCGAAUUGGUGUAAUGUUAUGUUUAUUAAAAAAACAUACCGAGUGUCGAAUUUUAUGUAAAAUGGCUGACUGUGAAACACUGUCGAAAGUCAAAAUAAGGAUCUUUAUUUGUAAUAUUUAAAAGAUAAACUUUUAUUAAAUUAUUGUAAAUAUUAACAUAAGUUUUGUUAAACUAUUAGUAUUAUUUGCUUGACAGUGUUGGCUUUAAAUGGUUACCCGUUAUUGAAGUCGAUAAAUAAAAAUAGUAAUUGAUUCUAUUGAUCUCAAAUUAAAAUUUUGUCAAACUUCCUCCAAGACAUCUUGGCUCUUUAGAUAAUGUGUAAAUUGAUGGUAAAUUGGCAUUCAAAUUGAUGAUGAAAAAUAAAAAUAUUUUAAAUAAUAUUUUUAUUAUAAUAAUAACUUACAUUUUGUACACAUCUUCCAGCGCAAUUGUAUAAAUAAGUCCAUUUCAGUCUUGUGAAGACAAAAAUAUGUAUGGCGUUUUAGGGAAUGAAAUACAAAAGGGCUCCCCACGUGUAUCUUUCGUUCCACAGAGCGCCAUGUAUUUUGUGUUCAAACUUCAAACCAGUUUCAAAGUAAUUUGUUAAUCAGAGUAAAGCCAGAUUUAAAGAAAAAAAAAAAAAGUAAUUUGUUUUUUCAACUCCCUAGAUGCGCUUGUUAUCAGAUUUUAUUUAUUUAUCUGCCAACACUGUCGCAUAAGCAAUGUGGUGAAUUUGCACUGAGAGCUUAGUUUGUAAAUAAAUUGAUGUUUUUCAUAUGCUUAUAGGAUGUUUCUGUUUGUUUGAAUGAAAGUUGUUAAAUGUCAAGUUUCGUCAGUAAAGUUGUAUAAAAUAAAAGUAAAUAUUCAUAA